AUGUUCAGAAUGAAAGUCAUGGAAACACUUAACCAGUGCAUAAACGCUGGUCAUGAAAUGACGAAGGCUAUCGCCAUUGCACAGUUUAAUGAUGACAGCCCGGAAGCGAGGAAAAUAACCCGGCGCUGGAGAAUAGGUGAAGCAGCGGAUUUAGUUGGGGUUUCUUCUCAGGCUAUCAGAGAUGCCGAGAAAGCAGGGCGACUACCGCACCCGGAUAUGGAAAUUCGAGGACGGGUUGAGCAACGUGUUGGUUAUACAAUUGAACAAAUUAAUCAUAUGCGUGAUGUGUUUGGUACGCGAUUGCGACGUGCUGAAGACGUAUUUCCACCGGUGAUCGGGGUUGCUGCCCAUAAAGGUGGCGUUUACAAAACCUCAGUUUCUGUUCAUCUUGCUCAGGAUCUGGCUCUGAAGGGGCUACGUGUUUUGCUCGUGGAAGGUAACGACCCCCAGGGAACAGCCUCAAUGUAUCACGGAUGGGUACCAGAUCUUCAUAUUCAUGCAGAAGACACUCUCCUGCCUUUCUAUCUUGGGGAAAAGGACGAUGUCACUUAUGCAAUAAAGCCCACUUGCUGGCCGGGGCUUGACAUUAUUCCUUCCUGUCUGGCUCUGCACCGUAUUGAAACUGAGUUAAUGGGCAAAUUUGAUGAAGGUAAACUGCCCACCGAUCCACACCUGAUGCUCCGACUGGCCAUUGAAACUGUUGCUCAUGACUAUGAUGUCAUAGUUAUUGACAGCGCGCCUAACCUGGGUAUCGGCACGAUUAAUGUCGUAUGUGCUGCUGAUGUGCUGAUUGUUCCCACGCCUGCUGAGUUGUUUGACUACACCUCCGCACUGCAGUUUUUCGAUAUGCUUCGUGAUCUGCUCAAGAACGUUGAUCUUAAAGGGUUCGAGCCUGGUGUACGUAUUUUGCUUACCAAAAUAC